AGUCCCACUGAAAAAAAACCUGAAUUCAGAAAGAAAAUCCAAAAGGACAUAAAAAUAUCAACAGCUGUAAAUGAUCUUGGAGCUACAUUGCUUCCUUCCAUGGCUGCCGUUUUAUACCACACCUAGUCAUUAAGAAUCAAUAAUUCUCCAUGCUGUUAAUGUUUGAGCUGCUGAGCCGAGGGCGAGUCUGAGGAACUAUAAACUGUGUGGAGAAGCACAGACGGACAUGAGCAACCUGCACAAAGGUGAUUCCCACAGCUGAAUGAAAGAAGUAUUUUUAGAGAAAAAUAAGCUUUUCAUGUUACAGGAGCUGAAGCAAAGCAUAUUCCAGAAUGUUUAAGCUGUGUGGACUUCAGUUUCUCCUUGUCAUUCACUGGGCUAUAGGCCAGAAUUUUGGGGACCUGCAUGUAACUGGGCCUCUGAAGGACAUGGAUUUCUUUAUUCCAGAAGGAGGGGGAGUGCGCUUCGUUUACCAGUUCACGUCUGAGCCACCUGCUGUGAGUUUCAGAGCAUAUGGUGAAAAAGAUGGAAUAAUUGACAUUGUGCCGAAGACUGGCAUCCUGUAUCUCAAUGGAUCUCUGGACUGGGAGACCAAAACAGUACACACGCUGCAGGUGGAAAGCCUGGAUGAAAAUGGAAACGUAGUAAAAGGUCCAUACACUAUUACAAUACAUGUGGAGGAUACCAAUGACAACCCCCCAGAAUUUGACAAGGCAGAGUACACUGGAGUAGUAAGGCAGAACUCCCGUCCAGGCAAGCCCUUCAUGCAAGUUCAUGCCACAGACCGUGAUGAUCCUACGACUCCCCAUGCGCAGCUGAGGUACAGCAUUCUCCAUCAUUUUCCCAACCCUUAUGGAGAAAUGCUUUUCGAGAUUGAUAGUGUAACUGGAGAAAUCUCACCGAGUAGGACAGGUUCUUAUUACUUAGAUCCUCAAAAGCAGGACACAUUCACGCUUGUUGUCACUGUGAAGGACAUGGCAGGGAUGUCAACAAAUGCUUUCACCAGCAGCACUGAUGUGAUCAUCACUGUGAAGGAGAGCCUGUGGAAAGCUCCCCCCACCAUCUACAUCCAAGAAAACUCCACCCAGGUCCACCCUGUCAAAAUCAGCCAGGUGCAGUCAAAUGAGCCAAAUGUAAUUUAUGACAUUUUUGAAAAAGAAAAGCUGCCCAGGCUCCCAUUUUCCAUCGACCAGAAUGGGGUUAUUUAUGUGACUGAACCACUGGACAGGGAAGAAAAGGAUACUUAUGUUUUCUACGUGGUGACAAAAGAUAAUGAGGGAGAACUAGUGGACAAGCCUCUGCAGGUCAGCGUUAUUGUGGAAGACAUUAAUGACAAUCCCCCUGUGUGCCAGCAGGCCCUCACUGUAAUUGAAGUUCAAGAAAAUGAAGGUGAAGGAAGUAAUAUUGGCACCGUGUUUGCUACGGACAUGGAUAAGGAACACACCCUUAACUCUCGUCUGCAGUUCCAAAUCAAAAGUCAGGUUCCUCCUACUCCUUCAAGUAAUCUGUUCUUUAUUCAGCAAGACACUGGAGUUUUGCAGUUAAUGAGCCACUCGUUAAACAAGCGCAUUGUAUCUAACUAUUCCUUGAAGGUGCUGGUGACUGAUGAAGUAUUCCAGACAAUCUGUGACGUGCAAAUACAUGUCAUCGACAUCAAUGAUCAGAUUCCCAUCUUUGAAAAAUCAAAUUAUCACAAUGUGACUGUUGCAGAAAGUAUCCCAAUAGGAACAGUGAUAUUAGAAAUUCAAGCUACUGAUGGAGACGAGCCUGCCACAGGGAGCUCCUACAUCAUUUACCAAGUGAAGGAAGGUGAUCCAAACAACUCUUUCACCAUAGAGACAGAUCCUGAAACAAACCGAGGGUUCCUCAGGAUUAACAAGGCUCUUGAUUUUGAAGAAACUCCAGUGUACAACCUAGUGAUCAACGCCACAAACCCUGAACCUCUGGUGUCGGGCGUGCAGUACAACUCAAGCUCCCUUACCUUGUUUAAAGUUUUCGUAACAAAUGUGGAUGAGCCACCUGUUUUCCGUGAGACAGUUUACAAAGCAGAAGUGUCUGAAGACAUUCCUGUCGAUACCGUGGUCAUGACGGUGGAGGCCUAUGAUCCUGAGGGGGAUACUGUACGAUACUCCUUAGAAGGUGAUGUGAGGAAAUGGCUGAAGAUUGAUUCAGUCACUGGGCAGGUAUACACUGCGUCUACUUUGGAUCGAGAACAACAAGAAACAUACACAGUUGAGGUUGUUGCAUCAGAGCAAAAGAAUGCAGCUCAGAAAUCCAGAACAACUUUGACACUACAGUUAAAGGAUGUGAAUGACAACCCUCCACUGUUGGCUACGGAUAAUCCUGCCUUCUUCUGCCACCCAGUCAGUGGAGGAGAGAGAACUAUCAUUCAAGCUACUGAUGCUGAUAAACAGUGGUAUUAUUCAACAUUUACUUUUUCUCUUGCGGAUGACAGGAAUGCAAUAGAUAAUUGGGAAAUCUCAAAGGUCAAUGCUACUCAUGCUUACCUCUCUCCAAAACAUGCUAACUUUGAAGAGAAGGUGUAUAUUGUUCCAGUAGUAAUCAAUGAUAAUGGACAACCACCUUUGGAAAGAAAAGUGAAUCUUGAAGUAAACAUCUGCAGCUGUUCAAGUGAAAACUCAUGUUUUAUUGAAGUACAGCGUGAGCACUCCUGGCCAAGCACUGGCCAGGCAAUUGGGAUUCUUAUUGGGGUCCUCCUCAUCAUCGGUUUCAUUAUAGGGGGUGCAUUUUUUCACAUGAAAUACAAACAGAAAAAUGAAAAGAAGAGCCAUCAGAACGAUGUGAAGGAUACAUCUGAGCUCAACAGACUGACUUAAUGACUGUUUCAUCAAGAAAUGAAAGUGCCCUUUGGGUUGAGAAGGAGGAAGCUUUGUAGCUUCCAAAGCCCCAAAGUGUACUGCCACAAAUUGAGGAUACAAACAUGCAAAUGGAGGCUCCCAGGGUUCCGCCGUCACAAAUUCAGUCAUGAAAGAAAAAACAUACCUGCACUUCAAAACAACCAUUAAUAAUAAUAUCAGCUUUGACUGAAGUGCUAACUCAUGACAAUACCAAAUGCUGAGCUCCUGCAAGGAUCAAUACAGAGGACCAGCCUUCUCUGUUUGGCAGCUGAACUAAAUAUGGAGUUUCUAAAGGACUACAUUCACCUGACUGCACAUCUUUGGCUCUUUCCUUCACAAUAAGUUACUGAAUGGCAGAACGGGAAAUAAAGUCCUGUGCUAUAUUUGAAGAUGUCCCAUGAAGUUGCAAGAAUCUCUCUGACUCUCGGCAAAGGAGCUCCCAAACUUAUUGCAAUCUGUAGCCUGCCCUGGGUCAUGCCUGCUUACAUUAUGCUGGUGAAUUUGUGCUAGCACUAUGCAAUAGCAAUGUGACAUUUCAGUUUUUCAUUUUUUAUAUCCACAGAGUACAAUCAGUUUGUGAAGAACCAUGGCCUUUCAUUACAGUUUCUAAGUUAAAAAAUACAUGCUGAGUCAUGUGGAAUUGGGUAAUGUGCCGUUUUUUCAUACUGCUGCAAAUACUGUUAUUGCCCCCUACACAUUAGAUAAGAAUAAAAAUGUUCUUUAAAGG